UCAGGAAGGGCAUCCGGCGUAAAACUGUACCAAACAUAUGAGUGUUCAUCAAACGAAUUCCAUACCAUUAGGUCGUGGCCCAGGCUAACUACACCCGCCCCCUGGCACUGGUAAUCUGCAAGACGUAGGUAGAAAUUCAGAUAGUGUGGGUCGAAGACAAAAAAAAAGAGGAGGAAAGCGGCUUAGUCAGCAGAAGAAAAAGAGGAAGGCACGGACCCUACAACUGUGUGUAGGGACUUUGAAUGUUGGGACUAUGACAGGAAAACCUCAGGAGUUAGUUGACAUGAUGAUUAGGAGAAAGGUUUAUAUAUUAUGCAUCCAAGAGAGCAGGUGGAAACGGAGUAAGGCUAGAAGUUUAGGAGCAGGGUUUAAAUUAUUUUACCAUGAAGUACAUGGUAAGAGAAAUGGAGGAGGCAUUAUUUUAAAGGAAGAGCUGGCCAAGAAUGUCUUGGGGGUGAAAAGAGUAUCAGAUUGAGUGAUGAGGCUGAAACUUGAAAUUGAGGAUAUUAUAUAUGUGUGCUAAAUAGAUGGACAGAAUACUUUGAGCAGUUAAUGAAGGAAGAGUAGAAAAGGCAAGUGUGAAUGACCAAGAAGUGUCAAUGAUUAGUAAGGGGGAAGUUAGAAAGGCACUAAACAGGAUGAAAAAUGGAAAGACAGUUGGUCCUGAUGACAUACCAGUGGAGGUAUGAAAGCAAUUUGGAGAGGUGGCUGUGGAGUUUUUGACCAACUUAUUUGCUGUAAUAAUUGAUAGGCUGACAGAUGAGGUUAGACUGGAAUCCCCUUGGACCAUUAUGUUCACAGAUGAUAAUAAUCUGCAGUGAAAGAAGGGCGCAGGUGGAGGAAUAAUUACAAAGAUGGAGGCAUGCACUGGAAAAGAGAGGAAUGAAAAUUAGCCAAACUAAAACAGAAUAUUUGUGCAUGAACGAGAGGGGCGGAGGGGGAAGAGUGAAGCUCCGGGAAGAAGAGAUGGCGAGGGUGGACUACUUCAAAUACUGGGGGUCAAUAAUACAGAGCAAUGGUGAGUGUGGUAAGGAAGUGAAGAAAUGGGUCCAAGCAGGGUGGAAUAGCUGGCGGAAGUUGUCGUGUUCUAUGUGACAGAAGAGUAUCCGCUAGGAUGAAGGGCAAAGUUUAUAAAACAGUGGUGAGGCCAGCCAUGAUGUACGGAUAAGAGACUGUGGCACUGAACAAACAACAGGAAGCAGAACUGGAGGGAGGUAGCAGAAAUGAAAAUGUUGAGUUUCUCGCUCGGAGUGAGCAGGUUGGAUAGGUUCAGAAAUGAGCUCAUUAGAGGGACAGCCAAAGUUGGAUGUUUUGGAGACAAGGUUACAGACUUAGAUGGUUUGGGGAUGUCCAGAGGCGAGAGAGUAAGUUUAUUGGUAGAAGGGUGCUGAAGAUGGCGCUGCCAGGCAAAAGAGCGAGAGGAAGACCAAAGAAAAGUUGGAUGGAUGUGAGAACAGUGGGUGUUAGAGAGGUAGUUGCACGAGAUAGGCUUGGAUGGAAAAAGAUGACGCUGCAUCCCCUAACGGAACAAGCAGAAAGGAAAAGAAGUAUGGAGUCAAUAAGCCAUUAUGAGCCUGAUGUUGUCUUUGACACUGAAAAAACAUGACUAAAAUACUAAAAAGUAUUGUUGGCAAUACACGAAAUUUGGUUGGAUUAAAAGGUCACACAAAGUAUUGUCUUUUCACCCAAGUGUCAUGGGCGUGUCAUUCCUGGUAUGAUCUUGCUAUAUAUGAAAAGGUAGCUCAAUCCAAGAAUAACGAGACAAUACUAGCUCUUGUGUUUCACAUGUGGCUUCUUUAUUCCUCACUCCAGCAAAGUGCAUCAAUCACCUCUGGUUCCAGUAUUUGUUUGUCAAAGGACCUUUUCAAGAUAAAACUUCAAACAAUAACCAUAGUCAAAACAUUACUUCUCCCUUUAACAAAGCAAUAUGUGCCAUUGGAAACAAUCAAAUGGCUUCCGGAAGAACUGAGGUCUUGAAUAACUAUCCAAUGGCAUUUGAAAGUCAUGUUAUAAUUUUUUCCAGUGUGAUUAAUUUCAGAGCAUAAUACAAACUUGUUACAAUUUUUUUUCCCCUAUCUCAAGGGCAGCAAUCAAUUGUAAUUUGAGGAUUUGCCUUGGCUUAAUAUUGUCCAAACCUGGUGCGUUGGUCAGGCUCAGCAUCAUCAGGUUCGCACUCAGACCCGGUGUGAUGACGUUAUCCAUCUGGGUUCUCUUGCAUAGUACUGGAGUCGUCAAGCAGAUGUCGCUGGUUGCGUCUAAAGGACUAGCAAUCACUCGUCUGGAUAUGGUAGCUUCACGGUGUCUCAGCUGGUCGAAUGACUGUCGCUGGUUUCCAGGUGCCAUCUUCCUGCUGGAAACGGAUAGGUGCGCCAGGAUGUGGUGUCGACAUUGGCCUAGUGGAUCUUCCGUAGUGUUGUUUCUGGUACUGCUGACAGUUCUCCCUCCUUCCAUGGACAAUUGCUUCAGCAGCCACCUGAGAUAUGGAUUGCUGCAUUGUCACAGGCAAGAUAGAACACAGUCUAUGGCUCAUCAGGAUCUGGACUUGAAGCCGUUGACAGGUGUGUUUCUAUACUCCAGAAAGCAGAGAUAUGGGUCUUAUGAUAUGGGGGUUUGGCCAGAGCGUCGUCGUUGCUCGCGGGCAGCGUUGUUUUUAUCACCGCUGCAAGGAGCUGGCUUGGGCAGGGAGGUGGUUUGGCUGUGAUCCGGAUAUCAUCUAAAUAUGGCUCGAAACAAUAGGGUAAUAUUGCACAUUUUAUUCGAUUGGGAGAUGUUCUCUUCAAAAAGAGCUUCCGUGUCUGAAGGGGUGUGUUCCAUAGUGGGGGCCACGCCGUGUUUUCAAUGGCGAAUGUUGGGGUGAUGUCACGGAUAAUAGAUGCAGCCAAUAUGGCGACCAGUUGGAUGUCGAAUUACACUUCCGCAACUUUAUGGAUGAGUGAUGCAUUCUCUGCUCAUAUUCAUUUUUUCUUUUAGACAUUGAAGUGAAUAAUGUUAUGUAUUUUUCAUUUCAAUAUCCAUUUUAGAAUGUUUAUAGGGAUGACACUUGACCUCUAACGACAUUACGGUGAAUAACAAGUACCCCCUGCCUCUCAUCUCCACUGCGUUCAAGCUCAUGGAGGGGUCUGAAACAUUCACCAAGCUGGACUUGAGGAGCGCUUACCAUCUUGUCAGGAUCAGGGAGGGGGAUGAAUGGAAAACUGCUUUCAACACACCCACAGGACACUUGAUUAUUUAGUCAUACCUUUUGGCUUAACCAAUCCUCCUGCAGUUUUUAAAAACUUUAAUGAUGUCCUGAGAGACAUGCUCAAUUUGUACUUCUUUGUAUACUUAGAUCACAUUUCAAUUUUCUUUCCUGACAAAACAACCCAUAUUGUCCAUAUCUGUUACAUGCUGCAACGGAACCUGCUAAAUGGCCUCUUUGUUAAGGCUGAGAAAUGUUUGUGCUAGCUGAGGGGAAGCUCCGUAUGGACGCCAAUAAAGUAGAGGCCUUUGCCAAUCAGCCUAUCCAAAAGUCACUUAAGGAUCUUAAAUGGCUUGCGUUUGCAAAUUUCUACAGCAAAUUCACAAGGAAUUUUAUUACCAUAGCUGGGCCGUUGCGUAAGCUCACCACACCACCCAUUUGUAUGGAACCACUUAUGUCAGACAGCAUUCAGAAAACUCCAGUCUGCCCUUACCUCCGCCCCCAUUCUCACCCUUAAAGACCCUAAACUCCAGUUCGUUGUAGAGGUUAUGCAUUUGAUGCAGGUAUAGGAGCGAUAUCUCAGAAGUGCCCCAAAGAUGGCACGUUACAUUCUUGUGCCUAUCUUUCCAAUCAGCCCUUGUCUGCACAGAGAAACUAUGAUAUCAGGGAUCAUGAAUUACUUGCUGUCGGGUUGGGGUUGGCGGCAUGGAAGCACUGGCUGGAGGGUGCUCAGGUUCCGUAAAUAGUUUGGACAGAUCAUAUAAACCUGGACCCCGAAGAGACUUAAUGGAGGCAAGCCAGGUGGGCGUUGUUGUUUUCCCGAAUUAACUUUGUGCUCUCAUAGCAUCCGGUCUCUAAGGAUGGUAAACCUCAUGCCCUUUCAGGUAUCCACUGUGAAGAAAAAAAAACUGCACCCGAGACUGAAACUAUACAACCAGAAUCUUUUGUCUCUGUUUGUUUGAGAAAUUGAAACCUUAGUCAAACACGCACUGAAAGAUGCUCGCUGCCCCGACCCUGCCUGGAGGGCAGGCUUUACGUGGUCCCGCUCUUAAGGGGGAGGGUUAUUUAUUGAGCACAUACAAACAGGACAGUGUGUCACCUUGCUCCUCGCUCAUCGCCCAUGCCCUGAGGAUCGACCAGAGGCUCGCAAUACAGGGGAUGGUCGACGCACUACAGGGGAGGGUCGACGCACUACAGCGAGAUGCCCGACAGAACCUUGUACCAGAGACUGCGCGCAACCGGUCCAGGCAGUAUGACGGAGCCCAUGCAAGUCGAGGGGGUCCACGGCUCCCCCGAGGAGUGGCAACGACGACGGCAAGAGGGUCAAUAUUAUUGGGGGCAGUUAGGCCAUCUCGUGGCUCAGUGUCCUGUCAACCCCGCACGACCCGCACUCAAGGUGUCCACGCCGGCCUGGAACACCAAGGCAUGAGGGACUACGUGGAGUCAUCGCUGGUGGGGGGCCUUAUCCUACACUCGUCUUCACCCGCCGGAGCUGGCUUCUUCUUUUUCAAUAAGGACGACACAACCCUAGGCCCUGCAUCGACUACCGGGGCCUAAAGGACAUCACUGUUAAGAACAGGUGAUCAUGUUUUCUCAGUUCUUCCUGAUCCACCCAGUCUUGUCGCUCCUCUGAUUGAGAUCGUGAAUCCUCCAUGUAUGACUCCUCUUCAUUUUUUUGCUCAGUAGCGGGCUCUUGCGGUCAGGAAUGGAAAGGCGUAGAAGCAGAUGAGGCCACGCCCAUGGAGGAGACCGGAAAAGCCUGGCCUUCUCGUGCGCAAGAUGCUGCACGCGCACUUAGGUUGUGUCGGUGCGGAACCUUCAAGCCAACGAGCCACCGGCGCUCCGGGCUCACAUGGGUCUCAUUCCAUGCCCGUGAGGGUCUGUCUGCUGCUGAUACCAACCCAGGUCUCAAGAUUUCCACACCUGCCCAGUAAGCAAAGCAGAAGAAGGAUCUGUUAUGCAUGUCAUAUCUGCAAGAUGAGUACAGACAGACCCAAACGGAAUAUCAUCAAAAAAAAAUAUGACAUCAGUGAUGGGAUGCCCUGGUGUGAAGAACGUCUGGUGCGCAAAGUUCUUUUUCUCUCCCUCAGGGAAUUCAGAGACACACGCCGUGCUACACAUGGUCACUUACCUGUACAUGGGCGCAAACACAAACAUGUUGCAAAAGGUGCACUUUCACAUGAACCACAAAAGUCAAGUCAAAAGCCCCAGCAACAAAGAGUCUCACACAGACUUCGGAAUAUGGAGAAAAAAACACACAGUCUACAAAACACUCAAGUUAAGUCAAAGCAUCAUAGUGAUCACACCAACAAAGUGCAAAAAAAACCUUUAUCUCAGAAUACAUAUUCACGCAAAUGUAAAAGUAGUCAUACGGAAAAGAGCAUUUACACACAACCUAAAAUGUCUCGAGAAAAAACUGUGCAGUACAUCAGCUUCCGAGAACAUGCACACAAUAAUUCCUUUUCAACCAGAUCGCUACGGUCACAUAAAAAGGCAAAUCUGCCAUUAAUGUCAACUUCUAAAUACACAAACACUAAAAAAACGCACACAACCCAACACAAGCACCCAGUUCAAAAUAUGAUGCCACCCACGAAUGUACGGACACUCCUGAGGACUCCUGACCUGACCGGGAAUCGGACGUCUCGUUGUCACAAAGGGAUCAAGGGUUCCCUAGUGAAUGGUACCGGCCAGUGUCCGUCGUCGCUGUCAGGCAAAUCAAGCUGGUGCUUGUCCUUACAAUCAUGCCCGCAGCUCCAGCCUAUCAGCCUUCUUUGCGACAAGGAUGACCCAUAUAGCAGGAGGCCAAGGCUGCAAGCCCAAAGAAAGUUUGCCCAGUCACCACCCAAUUCUCCUGGUGCACCAUUGACGUCAUCACCACAGUGUAGGCACAGCCACAACCUAGCAGUCGUCACCAGUCUCACCAGACGUCGACCCAAAACUGAGGACUUCUUAUCUUUUCUCUGCCUAAGAGGUUCAGCAGCAUCGCCAAGAAACAUGGCCUUCUUGAGUGGACGAGAGAUGGAAGGAGUCACCCAUCGACAUUUGAAUUCCAACCUUUUCAGCCGUCCAAAGACUUCCAUUGACAGGAACAGUGCAGUAAUACAAACAGUACAGCCAGACUGUCGGUCACUGAACCUUGGAGGCUUUGACUCUGCAGAGGACAGUUCCAUCUGCCGUCUAACUGCCCGGGGUCGAAGGAGAAGGGAAAGAGAGAGGAAGGAGGAGGAGGGGAAGAGGAUAAAAAAUGAAUGUGUGGAGGCUGGCAGGAGAGAGGAAGUUUCAAAACACCAUUUGAGACCAAGGCACUUCUCCGUACAGCUCAGGAAGAAUAAAAAGAUCACCAAGGUUGCUGGAGUUUCUGAACAUAGCAACUCCUUUGUCAGAUCACUUUCGACUUUGAAGCCGAAAACUGGAUGUGGUGGCAGCCAGCAAUCCCCAAGGCCCAACAAUACCUGUAAACUAAGAGGCCAUUCCCAAAGACAAGCAGAAGUCAAGCGGAUUCACCUCUCUCAACACAGCAACCACCAGCUGCCUCACAAUCAAUGCUUAACAGUUUGUAAGUUCUACAGUAACCCCAAGACUCUUAGAGGUCUUCAGAACUCAGGAAGAAAUCCAAGCAGGGCACCAGCUCAGAUGCCAUUGACUAAUAAUUUAGCUGCCAGACAGCUUAAUGAGACCCCUGGAAUUGUGAGAUUGUCUAGAAGAAAGAGAGGCCUCCCUCCAGACACAAACCCAACUCCUUUUAAUCAUUUUUCUAUCGACAAUCCAUUCAAGAAGUGCAGGACACAGCAAUCUAUCAGGGAUGUUCAACUCGAGAGUGAUUACUGUAACAGUGAGAUGGAUGCUAACAGUAGGGAAGAUGUCCAAGUGGAACAUGCUGUUCAUAAGGUAAGAAACACUUGUAGCCUUGAUACAGAGCUUAGAAAAAACACACAUAUUGGAGAGCUGCAAAUGGUAAGGGACAGUUAUGUUACUGAGGAGAUACAUAAAGAUAAUGUUAGAAAGUUUGGUUCGUCGGCAACCAUCACCACUCUUGAGGUCAAACAUAAGUCUGACCUUAGUCCAGUCAGUGGGAUUGUGUGUAGAAGUGUGAGAGAAAAACAUCUGCAGAGGAACCUGACAGUGGGAUCAGCACCGAUCUCCAAAACAAUUCCCAGGAUUACUGUUUCCAGGACUGUUAUCAGAGCUUUAGGACACCCUUCUGUCCCUAAAGCUAUAAUCAACUCAGUGACAUCGCCAAACAUAUAUAAGAAAUCACCAGCAACUAAUUCUGCCAAACACAGUCCAAAGGGAAAUAAAAAAGGUGCUAGCAAAGACAUUGUCACAUUUAUUUCACCAGCCAGCAGCUGCUCAGUUGAUUCUAAAUGUGCUGCAGUUGACUCUUCCAGGGGCUGGACUGCUGACUCGACAAAAGAUGGUAGCUAUUCUGUAACUUCCAAGGGCUCUACAAAACGUCUUAGGCAGAUCAAAUCUACUACCUCAACAGUUAAAACUAGGAGCAGUCCUAGAAUCCUUGUCAAGCGCUAACACACCUGAUCUGUGGCUCACCAUGUUUACAGAUUCACUGUUUAUUAUUUUUAAGAUUUAAUAACGAAUAGGCAAGUAUUUAUCGUACACCCACAGCAUCUAAAGAGUUCCACUUAGGGAGCUGUCGAGAGAAUUUUCUAUACUGCAUGCCCUCCAUUUGGGUCACAGGUGAACUGGAGCCUAUCCUAGCUAACUUUAGGUGAGAGCUUUGAUACACACUGUACUGGUCCCAGCCAAUCACAGCUCACAGAACCGGUCACACUGAUUGACAAUUUAGUCUUCAACUAAACCAACAUUUUUUUUGGGACUAUGGGAGGUAGCUGGAAGACUACGGAAAAACCCAAACAAGUGGGGAGAACAUAAAAUGAUAAGUUUGAACCUGAAAACUCUGAGGUGGAUCUGCUAACCACUAGCUCACCAAGCCCCUUUUAUUUUAACAUUAUGAAUAAAGUUUCUUUCGGCUUGUCCCUUUUGGGGUCACCACAGCGUGUCAUCUCAGAUGAACGCAUAUAUAUGUUUGGCACUAUUUUUACGCCGGAUGCCCUUCCUGACACAACCCUUCUCAGGGAGUGGAGGCCCCAGUGGAAUACGAACCCACAACCCCUGGUUUACCAAACCAGUGCUCUAACCACUGAGCUACGGGGCCUCAUUUUAACAUUAUGAAUAUAAUAUUAAUUUAUUGUCUGCUUAAUAAAUACAGUUGUACUUUGAGAUAUGAGUUUAAGUCGUUCUGUGGCCAUGAUUUUAUCUAAAAAUCCCGUAUUUCAAAAACUUAUUUCUCCACAGUGAAUAGAAGUGCAAUUCAUCUGUUCCAGUCCCCAAAAGACACCAAAUUUUUUAAAAGGUUUUUUAAGGAGACGGGAAGCAGUAUAUUCCAAAAUGGUCAUAAAAACAUAAAAGAAUAGUGUAGAUAUAUUCACUAGUUUUAUGAAGUGUAAUCAAGCCAAGUCUCAAACUAAAAGACUUGAAAACACAAAAUUUGUUUUUUCUGUGCGUGACCCUUAAAGUGCACCAUCUGUACCUCUCUCUUUCUUUCUUUAUUUCUCUCCCCUUCACACACUCCCACUCUCCUUUUCUCUUUCCUAUCCUCCCUCACGCUACACUCAGUCGACCCCCGCCCUCUUUCCUUCUAUUGCGCACAAAGGCCGCGUGUCUCGUCAAUGGUCCAAAAACUUUUGUUUUACGUUCUUUACAAAACUUCCAUUCAACAACACGACAUUUUAUAAUAACACACAGCUACAUUCGUACCCCACAUGGCAUUUAGUUCUGCGUGCCGAUCCAUCUGCUCCGUGUGACUUCUCCACAUCAAAUGCUCGAGCCUUCUGCUGACUUAUUUCCAUAACUUCUCCGGCCAGCUCUUGUCCACAGCUUUAAAUUGUUUUAAAACUCUGGCUGGUGUUGUAUUUUAUUUUUGUAUUAUAUUAAUAAUAAUGGUCUUUUCCAUCGUAUACUUGGAGGAGGUGGUUGUUUCAAAUACACUUCAUUCUGUUUUAUAGUUAGUUUACAAAUAAACUUGAACAAUCCACAGCUUUGAAGCCCCUUUUCAGAAGAAUAUUUACCAAUUAUAUCAGCCAAAGUGCUGCUUGUUGUCAAGUGAGUGGAGCCUCCUGCUGCGACAGAACACUCGUUUCUCAAGUUUGGGCUCACGAGUCAACUCGUCAUUUUUCAAAACUCAGAAGUUGGGUCACUCGUAUCUUGAGGUAACACUGUAAUGCAGUAUGUAAUUAAUAAUGCAUAGCAUUAUUAUAAUACAGUUAAAAUCAUAAAGUGUUUAAAUUAUAGUUUGUAUUCGGGUUUACAGCAAAGCAUUGUAAGACAUGGUUCUGUAGCUACUAUAGGCCCUACAGUGAAGAGAAGAAAUCUUGUAAGUGCAGGGUCAGUCAUUGAAUAGGGUAAAUUAACUAUGAUAUGUAGUUUUAUUAUCUUUGUAAAGACACAAUCUUUGAUAAAGCUCCUGUACUGACUCACAUUAGAUGGUGCAGGUGUACAAAAUUGUUUGGCCAGUGAGUGUAUUUAAAUGAUCAACACUGGAUAUUGCUAUAACACAGUAUUUUAUGUUGUUGUCUGCAGUUGUAUGUUUUUAUAUCAAUGUACAGCAAAAAAAAGACCAAUAUAAUUAUCUAAUGUACAUAGUGAACAAUCACUAUAACACAGGUGCUUCCUUGUAUUAUCUUUUUUUUUUUUUUGGUACCUACAAAAAAAAAUCCAUACAGCUUUUAUGGUCUUUUCCUUUCAUCCAUCUCCUCACUAGUAUUGAUAUGUUACUAUCACAUAUGUUGUUACAAAAUAUAUAUUACAAAUCCAAGCUGCAAGUUUUCUCCCUGGAAGCACACACGAACAAAAUUUUUGGUACUCUUAUGCUAAUGAAAAAGUAUGGAAGUAAAUGUGUGCCACCAGGAUUUGAAUUAAAAAUGGCACUGACAUUUUUAGGUUGUAAAAUUCACAUUAUUUCAAAGUGAUCACAUUUUCAGUAUCUGUAUUUCAGUUUAACUUUUCAAUGUUAACAAAUUCGCCACAUAAAAAAAAUUCAACCUUUAAAAUUCAAACACAAUACUUUCAGUCUCCUAAGAUUCAACUGGCUACAAUUCGCUGGCUGAAAUUUGCCAUCAAAAUUCAGCAUUUAGAAGGCAGGGUUACUUCAGGUCAGAACCAGACAUUCAGCCAAUCCAGUUAUGGUUUCUUUUUCACAUGACGUCACGUAAUAAGUAAGCGUAACUAGAUUGGCUGGGUGUUGGGUUCUUACCUGAAGCUUUUUAACGCUGAAUUUAGAUGGCAAAUUUCAGACAGCGAAUUGUAGCUAGUUGAAUCUCAGGAGACUGAAAAUAUUGCAUUUGAAUUUUAAAAGUUAAAUUUUUUAAUAUGGCGAAUUUGUUAACAUCAAAAAGUUUAACUGAAAUGCAGCUAUUGAAAAUGUGAUCACCAUGAAAUAACAAAGUGAAUUUUACAACAUAAAAUUUUCAGUCGCAUUUUUAAUUCAAAUCCUGGUGGCACAUAUUCCAUAGAAAAAAAUCCCGCAGUGGUUAUAAAAAUAACUUGUCUGACAAAAUAAUAAAUACGAAUUUAAUGAAAAUGAACCAAUGAAAAUGCAACAUUGCUUUCAAUUGUGGUUCAACAGAAUUAUUUAAAAAACAAAAGUUAUGAAACAGGCCUUGAAAAAUUACGGUAACCCCAGAAAAGAUAUAACAUAAUUUGACCAUAGGGAGAGGUUUAAAGAAGCGGUGUUCUCUAAUUAGCAUCAAAGGUGUCCUCAAACUUGUAAUCCAUCAGUCCGCCUAAUAAAGUUUGACAAGUAAUCACUGUGCUGUUACCUGAGAUAGUGUGUACUCCCCUAAACAUUGACCAGAGGAAGCGAAGGAGAGCCUUCUCUUUGGGGAUAAGCAAGAAAAUUAUAGACAAGCACAUUGAAGUUAAACACUUUAAGACCAUCUCCCAAACAUCUUGAUGUUCCUCUGUCUACAGUUGGGACUUAUUCAUAAAUGUAAUAUCCACUGGACUGUAGCCAACCUCCCUGGUUAUGAUCACUAGAGGAGAAUUGAUGACAAAUUAAAGACAUGGAUAAUACAAAUGGUAACAAAAGACCACACUAUAAUCUCCAAAGAAAUUCAAGCCAAGGCCAAGGUACAUCAGUGUCAAAACGCACUAUUCAUCGUCGUUUGAGCCAGUGGAUUUCAUGGGAGAGGACCAAGGAGUUCAAAAUAACUUAUAAAAA